AGAGUGCAAGACUGAAUGAGGAAGUAACGUGAAAACUCAAAAUAACAGGUUUGCUAUGCGGGCUCCUUAGGACGCCCCUACCCCAUUGAAGUUGAUAUUUAAAAUGGUUACGGCAAAGGUUCAGGUGGGAGUUAAGGUUUAGUGUGUAUGGGCGUCACAAGGAUACCGGAUUGUACUGCCCAUAUACUUCAGCCAGGAAGAGAGACAAAAACAAUGCGGAAGAUAAAAGCGUGUGUUUUUGGUUAACACUGUCGACGAGAUGUGAGCUAAGGAAAGGGGUUCCCCAAAACACCAGUCAGCAAAUUGGACCGCCGAUGAUGACCGCCUGAAACGUCUCGCUUUUAUCGGACAGUGGCCUAAACAGAGGAAAACCUAUUGCAGUAUUGCACAAUAUUUAAUACACUGAAACUUGGACUCCAAAAUAUUAGGCCUACUGUAUUGAGAUGGCUAAGUUUGAUUGAGUGCGGUUAAAUUCAAUCGUAGCGCCUACAAUUUUGAUAACACCGCGUCGGUUGUGAACACUCGCUCACGUUCAUCAGUCGAAUGCCGAAGGAGAGAGAGAAGAGGCGAAAGUCCUCCAAGGAGGCAGGGCUGUCUGGCGCUGGUAUUAGUGAUGGGUUCGUUAAAGAGCGCAGAACAAGCCGCAGAGCAUCUGAGCUUCGCGAUGAACUCUGCCAGAUGAAAGAAGUAAGGUUAUCUGAGUUUAACUCCACUCAAGUGCAAACUACUAUGAUGGAGUCGCUCCGUGUACCGCAGGUGACAAUAACCCCAGAUGGAGGCUGCUCGCGGGAGAUCCAGCAGGAGGACUGGGCUGAUGUGGAAGGUUCUCUGCGACGGAAAAUGUCAAACUCGUCAAUCUCCUCAACAGGUUCUUCCAUCAUGUUGGAAGAGUCAGAGGAUGACAUUCUGAGUGACAACGAGACAAAGAGCAAGGGAAAUAUCACUUUAGAACAUUUGUGUGAGGACACGAGUGAACAGAGCAAACCCUGGUGGAAGAUAAAGACUAUCGUCAACUGGCCUUUUCUUUCCCCACAAAGAAGAAACCUGUCCUGGGUUCAACUAGCUGGACACAAAGGUAAUUUCAAAGCUGGCGGCGAAGGCACCAUUCUGAAGAAGUUCUCUAAGAAUGAGGAGCUGUGUUUUGAGAGUCUGCAGGGAGACGUUCUCCAGGACUUUGUACCAGGAUAUUAUGGUGUGGUGGAGAGGGAUGGGGAUCCCUUCCUACAUAUGACUGAUCUACUAGUCAACUUUGAUAGACCCAGUGUCAUGGACUGCAAGAUGGGAGUGAGGACGUAUCUGGAGGAGGAGCUGGUGCGAGCCCGAGAGCGGCCUAAGCUCCGUAGGGACCUGUUUGACAAGAUGCUGGAGGUGGACAGUGAGGCCCCCAGCCCCCAGGAGCACCUCCAGAGGGCCGUCACCAAACCCCGCUACAUGCAGUGGAGAGAGACCCUCAGCUCCACACACACACUGGGCUUCCGCAUCGAAGGCAUCAAAAAAGCUGACGGGACGUGUCAUACGGAUUUCAAGAAGACCCAGUCUAAGGAGGAUAUCACUCAGGUCUUCAGGGACUUUGCCACAAACAACACAAACAUACUAAAUUCCUACCUGAGUAAACUAGCAAAAAUUCAACAAGCCCUGAUGUCAUCUGAGUUCUUCAAGAGACACGAGGUGAUUGGGAGCUCCCUCCUCUUCAUUCAUGACCACACUGAGCGAGCUGAGGUUUGGCUCAUUGACUUUGGCAAGACUACCGCUUUACCAGAGGGACAGACUCUGAACCACUCCAUACCCUGGCAGGAGGGCAACCGAGAGGACGGAUACAUGUGGGGACUGGACAACUUGAUGAGGACACUGGCCUCUUUGACUAACAAAGGAACUAGUGAAGGAACUAAUGAGUGCCUUUAAGCUAUGGCCACCAGGGAGGGAUGGACUACACCAUUCUAGUAGUUAGAGGACCCUGGCAGUAAUAUACAGUCUCAAGGUUCCCCUCAAUCACAAAGUAUACAUACUGUGUAAAUCAAACUUACAGCUUACCUAUGUACUGUAUUCAGCACAACAAAUUGUAUCUCAGCGUAUUGUUGAAGCUAUUGUAGCAUGGAGAUAAGGGAUUGCGUUUUUUAAAGUAUGUCUGUGCCUUGUGAACAAACUAUACAUUUUAGGGGAAUUUUAAUGAAUGCAAAUUAAUGAACAGACAAAAACCAGUGAUUGUAGUGCCUGUAUAUUCUAGAAAGCCAUACAAUACUAUCAAUGUAAGGGACAGUAUUGCAUAGUAAUCUAACCCAUUCCAUAUUCCAAGGUGUCAUUAGAUUAGAUUGAUUUCAGUUUUUGAUAAUCAAGCAUGUUCUAUUUUAUUAUUUUGUUUUCAAACUUUAUUGAAGAUAUUAGGCAUACUGUAUUCUAAUACAGUUACAUACACCAGUGCGUCUUUAGGAUCAUCUCAUUAUCACGACGAAGGAUGAAUGAAAAAUGAAUCACGCAAGUAUUGUAGCAAGUAUUGUAUUAUGACAGUCCAUGAGACUAACCUCAGAAAAACACUAUUGCCUUGUCCCAAUGAGUUAGAAAUGGUUGUGUAUUGGGAUUUCUUUCAUAUGUACAAGUAAAAAUAUGUCUUGCUGUAUUAUAAAACACUUAUCAAAACACAAA